UUGAGGCGGUGGCGGCGCGCUAAACGUUCCCCUACGCCGGACCAUGCGCCCGCGCAUGCGCCCAGUGACACCGCGCAGCGCCGACAGUACGCGCGCACCAUGAAUAUGAAGCUCAAGGAACGGCUCGCGCUCGCUCUCAGCGCAUUUCUCGUACUGUUCACACUGAUGCUGAUUGUUGACAUACAAAUGGACUACGGCAUCUCCGGACAUAGGGUGCCAUUGCAUGGACGUGUAAAGAUAGGCGAUGACACGGAUAAGGGAAGAUCGGCGUAUAUAGAGUUUAGAAAAAGAUUUCUACAGAAAAGCAAUGGCAGCAAUGGUUCUCGAGAGUAUGAGCAGUCAGCUCCUAGUGAGACGAGCGGCGGCGACGCUGAACCCAGAACGCCAGCAACCCCUGCUGAUAGGUUCGAAGACCUACAGAGGAUACUGGUCUUCCAACUACAAGGGAAGGCUGAUGACAACCCUGUGGUGGUACCACCCCAUCGAGAUCUGAAUGUCUUAAGACCCGAGAAUCCUACCAUCGGUGAAAUGGAGGACUUGGAACCAAGGCUUCUUAGUAUUCAGUGUCGCACCGUCGCCUGGAGUGCCGCCGCAACCAACUCACGUCCACCCAUGUACCACGCAGCCAAAACCAACACGCUCAGGAAAAUCUUCCAUGUAAAUCUCGACAUUAACGACCAGAGUGUUAUUUUCGAAUCUCUCAUACGUGUUGUUUGUUACAGUGUAAAUGCUUCAAAUUUGGAGAAAUUUCAAUUGAAAAUAGCGCAACACGAGCUCUAUGAAGACGGAGAGCCUCUGGUCGGCGCCAUUCUUCGCGACAUGACCUUUGAACCCAUCCUACAUGUUGAACAAAAGGAAGGAGGAACACAGCUGAAACUCAUCAUCGACUAUCCAAACGGCGUGCAGGCUUUAUUCAAACCGAUGAGGUUCGCCAGGGAUGUACAAACUCUGCCUAAUCACUUCUACUUCUCAGACUAUGAGAGGCAUAACGCUGAAAUUGCUGCUUUUCAUCUUGACAGGAUACUCGGUUUCCGUCGAGCGAUGCCGGUGGUGGGUCGAGUUGUGAAUAUGACCACUGAGAUCUAUGACGUCACUGAAGGAGACAUCUUGAAGACGUUCUUCGUAUCACCAGCCAACAACUUCUGUUUCCAUGGAAAGUGUUCGUAUUAUUGCGACACUGGCCACGCUAUAUGCGGCAAUCCGGACAUGUUGGAAGGCAGCUUUGCGGCUUUCCUACCAACGUCUGAUCUAGCGGAGCGUAAGGUGUGGAGACAUCCCUGGCGUAGAUCUUAUCACAAACGAAGGAAAGCUCAGUGGGAACUGCAGUCAGACUACUGUGAUACGGUCCGCAGUACUCCGCCGUACGACUCCGGCCGUCGUUUAUUAGAUCUCAUAGACAUGUCGAUAUUCGAUUUCCUCACUGGGAACAUGGACAGACAUCACUAUGAGACGUUCAAAAUGUUCGGCAACGAGACAUUUACGUUGCAUCUCGAUCAGGGACGAGCUUUUGGAAAGGCUUUCCAUGAUGAGCUCAGUAUACUCGCGCCGCUACUACAGUGUUGCACCGUUAGACAUACUACGCUAGCAGUUCUGCUUAAAUUCCAUAACGGCGUGCCACUAUCAAAGGUACUCCGUGAUUCUAUGAAAGCUGAUCCCGUGAACCCUGUUCUUUGGGAGCCUCACCUGGCCGCGUUAGACAGACGUAUUGUUACAAUACUUGACGCGAUUAGGAAAUGUAUAGAUAAAUUAGAAAAUCCUUUACCGAAUGAAAUAAACGCUGUCGUGUGA